AUGGCUACCACCAACUCUGCCCCCGUCUUCUCAUCUGACGGCCCCUUGUCCCCUCAUUUGGUUGAGUAUCUGGAGGCCAUGGAGGAACGCAUUGUUUCCCGUCUACUCGCCGCGCUCCGCCCGAUGUACGAGGCUGGCGCGCUGGAACAGAUGCUCGCUAAGAUGAUACCGGUCGUCGUUGCUUCAGUUCAGGAAGCGAUGCGCGCCGAGAUAUCACCGGCGGACAACAACACCACCCCUAGGUCGAGACCUCGUAAGACUUCUCGCAACCAGAGAUCACGCCGCUCUGCUAUUGUCGCGCGGUCACACCUCCAGCAGUACGAGAACGUUACCGGGCAACAUAAAGACGUGUUCGAGGACCUUUGUACUGCCUUCAAAGUUCUGAAGCCUCACCAAACCUUCGACGAGUAUUAUCUGGAUGUCGCGAGCAAGAAGCCUCUGCCGUCACUUUCGAAGGCUGAAGAGCGCAUCCUUCUCCAUGAACCCCGCGUGGUAUCCAUUCUUGAGUACGCCAGUAGUACUCCUUUACCAGACAUCUCCAGUGACGAGGAAUCCUCCGACGAUUCAUCCGACGACUCGUCGCUAUUCUCGUCGGUCAGCAGCUACAGCACCUUCACUACGGAGGCGUCACUGUCUCCUGAGCUUGACCAAGCCAUCGGCAGAGUUGAAGACUCCGCCAACUUACAAACUGAUAUCGACGACGACAAGAGCGCCCUUGCCGAAGUCAAAGUCUGUCAUGAUGCAGUAUCGGCAGAGCAAUCAUUCACCAUUGAGCCUACAUGGGCCCCCCAGAGUAACGGCGGUACGGCAGAUGCGCCUGUUACCGAAUACACAAACGACGAUGGCAACGACCAAAACAGUAUAGUCCACGUUGCCGCCGCUGGUGUACAUGAGACCCAGCCCACCACUCUCCAACCGACACACUCAACAGAUACCACGGACCGCGAUGCCAGUACUAGUGAGCUGUUAAUCGUCCUUGGAGCAGCAUCGCAAACCGAAGCGAUGGAAGUCUGCAUCCCAGAACUUACUCAUUCUCGUCUGGUCGACUCUCAAAACAUGCGGGCAGAGUUCAGCCAGACCAUGGACGGGAUAGAGUCACAGCCAGCUUCUCGCGAUAUCUCCAGCGUGGUACAAGACGAUAUGGACGAUGUCCAAGUCACUAGCCGCGUGGAUACCGAGGAGCAGAACAUGGUUGACGCGCCCCCGCCUGAGAGCACUACUGAAUCACGAGCGAGAAUCAGGACCCAGGCAAACACAAGGAAUCAUUGGUCGAAUGGCAUGGUCAAUUACCUGCUAGAACUAAUUCCUGAUCUUCACCUCGUUCUGCAACAAGCUCUUCCACAGAUGGUGCUGGAGAAGCAGAAGAACCGAAUUCGGGACGAGAUCUUCGACUAUAUCCGCGAAGCAGAGUCUGCGAGAGGGCUGGCCAAUGACCUCGACUUCGCCAUGAAGAACAGGCUGAUGACUAAUGCAGAAUACAACAGAGUAAAGGAAUAUGCCCAAAAGGUUGCUCAGAGCAAUCAUAUUGGCACCUCCCAGACUGCUGCCAAUAGUGCCGCGCAGUCAGCUAGUCUCUCCGCUCCUCCUGAGACUUCGAUCAAAGACCGAUUCAUCCGACUACUGAUCGAAGCACGCAGAAAGAUGAUGAACAAGAACGAGCAGAACAAACUCAACUCUGCCUCAGACACGUUUGAAGGCCAGUUCAACAUCUCAUUCGAGAGAUCAUCAGACAUCGAAGUCAUGAUGAAUUACCUCACCAAACAACCCCAACUCCAAGCUUGCGACAGCAAUGGCAAGCCGAUGAUAGACGUCGGAAAGACCGUCGAAAUUAUACAAGCUCGCGUCGAAGACGUGAGUCCCCUUGGAAGCGAAGAGAUUGUCUGGAGGUGUAUGGAAGCUUUGGCCGCUCAGGAUCUGAAGGCUGAGAAUGAAGCCCUCUCUGAUAAGAUCAGCUGCGCUAUUCGCCAGAGGCAUCUUCAGGUACUCUUCGAACGUAUCGCAGAAAGGAAUUUUGGGUUGUACACCGCGAAGAACAUUCAAGGUGGCCUGACCUGGGACGAGACGAAGGAUAUUGCGAAGAAGGAGGAGCGCCACUACUUUGAGCUCCACCACCACAAUCGGUCGAGGCGGAACAACCUAUCAACCUACCGGGAACAUAUGGAUAACAAGAUGAAGUAUUGGGGCCACAGGGACAACAUGAGAAAUGAGAUUACUCGUCGAAGGGCCGCUGAAAACGAGGCUCUGGGCCAGCCCCCUGCCACAGAUCCCGUUGGUGGGGUAGAAACAGCGAUUUCCUUUAAGGGAAAGCGCAGCAUUGCUGACAUCCCGCACGAUGACAACGAGCAAGCUCAAAAGCGGAUGCGAGAAGAGCCCGCUGAGCCCAGUGAAGAGCAGGAGCGUACUGCGACGAGGAAGAGGGAAGCACGAGAGUCUGCUGACUCUGAGAGCAGUGAGCGCGUAAAACGGAGUCGUGAUUGA